UCAACCGCUACCAUGCACUUGGAGUGGGGAAAAGUCCUGAGAUCCGGACUCUGGAACAAGGGACGUCUUCUUCAAGGUAUUAAAAAUAGGUAUCUCGAGGUAUCUAACCUAAUGUUUGCUGCAAGCAUGAAAAGCGAAGUCCACGUGCCUCUCCUCACCAUAGAAAUUUGUGGUAGUCAAGGAAACGAAAACACGGUCUUUUUUGGCACGAACGAUAGCUUACGGAGACACGACGCGGUAAAGGAAGAUGCGUCAACCAAUCAGAUAGGACUUUAUAUCCGAUUGAGAUUAUUUCGAAUUUUUCUGCGUGAAUGUGAAUCGUAUAAAUUCGAAGAAAAGAAGAAAAAAUCUUAUCGGGAAUUUGAUCAAUCACUUUGUCUAAAGAGCAUAAAAAGGAUCUUAUGCGUUAAACGAGAUUAAAUCUCCGUUUUUAAAAUUCCAAAUAAUUAUUGACAUGUGACGACACCGAACCGGCAAUUCCAAGUAGAAACGAAUGAAAUUAUAUAGGAUCAAUACAAUGAAGAAAGAAACAUAAGUUUUAUGUAACAGAAAGUGCAAAAAACCGUAAAAGAUAACAUUGGUUAUCAGUACGUUAAACAUUAUAUAUAUAUA